AUGGCCACCCACCGCUUCAACCCCGAGUUCACAGACAAUGUCAUCAAUGCGAUGGGUCCGAAGACCACGCCGCGCAUGCGCAAGCUCAUGACCGGCUUGAUUAGACACAUGCACGACUUUGCGCGCGAGGAGGAGCUCACGGUCGAUGAGUGGAUGGCCGGUGUGCAGAUGCUCAACUGGGCCGGACAGAUGAGCGACAAUAAGCGCAACGAGGGACAGUUGGUGUGUGAUGUAUUUGGUCUAGAAACACUGGUGGACGAGAUCACAUUCACACUUGCGGAUGAAGCCAAGGAUGCGCCCACGGCGACAGCCAUUCUGGGACCGUUCUUCCGCGCCGAUACGCCGUGGCGCGAGCUCGGCGAGGAUAUCGUGAAGACGAGACCUGCGAAUGCUGAGCUGGUGUUCAUGCACGGCCAGGUGGUGGACUUCAAGACGAAAGAGCCUUUGGUUGGUGCUUCGGUGGAGGUGUGGCAGGCUUCCACGAAUGGGUUGUAUGAGCAGCAGGAUCCUGAGCAGGUUGAGUUCAACCUGCGUGGCAAGUUCAAGACGAACGAGGAGGGCAAGUACUGGUUCUACUGCCUUCGUCCGACUCCUUAUCCGGUUCCCAACGACGGUCCUGCUGGCAAGAUCCUUGAGUUGAUGGACCGCCACCCCUUCCGCCCUGCUCACAUUCACAUCCUGGCCACCAAGGACGACUACCGUCCCCUGACGACCCAGAUCUUUGACCGCAAGGACAAAUAUCUUGAUAAUGAUUCGGUCUUUGCUGUGAAGGACUCCCUCAUUGUGGACUUCGUGUCGCGCAAGGGUGACCCUCAAGCCGAGUUCGAGCUUCAGUACGAUAUCAAAUUGGUUGCAGAUCCACCCAAGGCCAAUGGGGCAUAA